GUGAAACCAAAAGUGACCACUUCUGAGGCCGCAGCUCCCCGUGGCCUUUCAUCUCAACAUCCCGUUUCCGAACAUAAUUCUUAUCUCCCUUCUACACGACGCCCACUCACCUCGAUAGAACUUUAGUAGCUAGAAGUAGAACUACAGCAACACAAGUUUUGAAGGGCGCAACAUCUUCAAAAACAAGCGAGUUUAUAUAAAGAUGUCCUCCCAAGCAGACCAGCUUGCGGAGCUUUUACGGGACUCUGUCCCGAACUCUCUCCGUAACUCUCUCGAGGAUGCGACGAACUUGUUUCCCGAAGGGGGGAUGGGGGUGAGCGGGGUGAUGCUGAAAAACACGUUUUCAUCCGGAAGCGAUAACGGCGACAUGUCGAUGUCGGUCGAAGGGGAAGAGAAGGAAUUUGAAGCCUCGCCGAACGGCAAAGUCGUGGUUUCAUCUUCUACGGGGAGUUUCAAGUCGGACCAACUGUUUCAGCAGCAACGGAUCAACAACGCCGUGCAAGAAGCGAUGAUGGCGAGUAGUAAAAAGACUUCUUCUAGUGCAGCGGGUUGUAAGAGCACCGCUGUUGAUGCAGCCACUGUGUCGGGAAAACAAGCUGAGCAAUCAGCGGAUCAGAAAUCAUCGCAGAGUGCCGUGGUCGCGGCUGCGCAGGCGCAACAGGUGUUAAGCACAAGCAUUCUACUUCUGUUUGAUUUGAUGCAGAAACAGAGCGAGACGAGAGGUUAGCUUCUAUUGCAGCCCCACGGGUUCUUUUUAGAACGUACUUACAAUUGUCAUGCAUGUGAUACAACAAAAAAACACUAUCAGCUGCUCCUCCAGCAAGAUGCGUUGUGGAAACAGUGCGAGUUCAGCUUUCAAAACAAGUUCGAAGCGUUACUAACGGAGACCGUUGCGAACUUCAAGCAACAGGCUGUGCGGGACUACGGCACGGCGGAGAAAACUCUGAAUCACGCCUUUCAGGUAUGAUAAAGCGUAGUGAUUUUUACCGAACUUUGCGAUGCGUAGAUGAAAGCGUAACCGCAUGACAGACAUUCCGUCUCAUACUGGUUUUCGUUUUCGCAUGACAUUGACAAAUCAUGUCAAAUCCAAACUUCUCCAUCUCCAGGCCCGCCUCGACGACACAAAGACGAAGUACGAAGACCAGUUGGCAGAGAAACGGAUGCAGAUCGACAUUUUGGAGAAAGUAUCCAGUGCAAAAGGUGCAUCUUACUCGUACUAGUAAUCGCAAUGAUGCAUGACAGACUUAGUUUCCUACCCGACUCUGCAUAACAAACUUCGUUUUUCAGCAUGAGAAACUCUGUCAACAUGCGAUUUUUGCGCUAUCCCGAUACUACUACUUUUGCACUGCAUAGAAAGCGCAGACGGAGUUGGUUCACGAGUUAGAGGAGAAGAAGAAAUUCAAGAACAAACUCAUCCUCUUCGCGAACAAACGGAUUAAGAACAAGGAGAAACUGUCAUUACUGUCAAAAAUAUUCGGCGGGUGGAAGGUGUUCAAAAAGAUCAACCAGGACGGGAAAAUCAAGAACGGCUUCGCGAUGAAAUUGAGAGAAAAACGGUUGAUGGUAUUUAUCAAUAGGAUUUUGACGAGAUCAAAAAAGUUUCUCUUUGUCAUGCAUAUAGCGCACCAAGAGAGACGCAUUCUGUUAUGCAGGAUCUCCUUGUGAAAGUGAAUGAAAGAGAAAAUGAAAUAUGAAAAUCAUCUCUUAAUCUUAUCAAACUACGAAAAGGUCCUCGCCUGGCGUCGGUGGUGGUACACGAAGGAGACGAACAAGAACGAACUGAAAAAGCAUAUCAAAUGUAAAAAUGUCUGGGUCUGGAAGAAUGCAACUUGUCAUGCUAAAUCUGAAGCAUGCAAAAAUCUGUGUUGCAUGAUUACCAGAAGUCGUCCAGUUUUGACCAAGUCGGGAGGGAAUUUCUCAUGCAGGAUAGGUAUGACAGAGAUCGCACAGAAUCUGUCAUGCUAGGUCCUGCAUUCCAGAACUCCUGGGUCAUGGAAAAGCUGCAUGACAAAUCGCGCACUCUUCCAGACCCAGACACUUUUACAUUUGAUAAAGCAAGAGCUGGAGCAAAAGCACUACACCGAGAAACAACAACUGAUCCAAGAAUCUAAUCUCAAGGAGGACAAUUUGACUACCGAUUUGGCCUAUCAACUGCAAAAAUGUCUGGGUCUGGAAGAUUCUGAGACUUGUCAUGCACGUUUUGCAUGGGCCAUGAUGUCUGUGAUGCGUGCCCGAGCAUCACAGACUUUUUGAGGGCUUCGCGAUGCGUAUUCAGCAUGACAAAUUCCUUCUCCGCGUAGCCAAAAUUGCAUUCCCUUGGCUGGUCAUGCAAUACAGAUUGUUUUGGAAUCCAAACGCAGCAUCACAAGUUCGGAUCCUUCCAGACCCAGACAUUUUUGCAUUUGAUUUGGCCAAGCUCCAGGCGGACCUAGACGUGGAAACCCAGAUAUCACAUGUAAAAAUGUCUGGGUCUGGAAGAAUGCAACUUGUCAUGCUAAAUCUGGAGCAUGCAAAAAUCUGUGUUGCGUGGUGACAAAAAGGUGUCCAGUUUUGACCAAGUCGGGAGGGAAUUUCUCAUGCAGGAUAGGUAUGACAGAGAUCGCACAGAAUCUGUCAUGCUAGGUCCUGCAUUCCAGACCUCAUGGGUCAUAGAAAAGCUGCAUGACAAAUCGCGCAUUCUUCCAGACAUCCAGGGAUUUUUGCAUUUGAUACCAGACGAAGCAGAACCUGCAGGCAAACUUGAAACGGGUUUUUAUGCGGGGGGUCUGCCAGCUGAACUUCGAAGCCAUGAACUUGUUGAACACGAAUCCAGGGGGUGAUUUGACUGCGCUUGGGGGGCUCGGGAUGGAGGGGCUGUUGGAUCAGCAAGGUAUUACGUAAGUUUUUGUCCGGUUUUUUUUUUCGUUUGCAGAUGAUCGAGAUCUCCGACUACCGAUGAUUUUGACCUGUUGCAAAAAAUCCAAUUUUAUAUCCCGUCUUUCAGGUGGAGGUGCUGCAGCUCCCGCCGCACAGCAGGGCCAGAACCCCGCAUCCACUUCCGUCGACCACAGCGCCCUCCCCUUCCAAAUGCCGGAUAUGAGCAAAGAGUUGCAGGCUUUGUUAGCCUCCUCUUCCUCAGCUGUGCAGGAGCAACUGGCGCUGGGAAACAUGAGCGUCGGGGGCACCAUGCAAAACGCAGCGAACAUGAAAACCGCCGCAGCGAGUCCUUCGGUGUUGGGCGGUAAUCAUAUGCAACAGCAAUUGCAGCAGCAGCAACAGCAACCGCUCCUGUCAUCGAUGUCGCCCCAGCUUAGUGUCGUGAACCAAACGCACUUGCAGACGACACCAAACGGCGCUGGCACAACGCAUCAACCCCUGGCGGGGGCACAACAGUUGUAUAACCAGCAAGGCGGAGCAGCACCGUCUUCGCGACUGGUGACGCGGGAAGACAUUUUGACCAGCGUGCCGAGGCCACUGGCAGCUACGACAACAGCAGCCUCCUCUAGUACAUCACAAAACACCACUUUCGUCAAGUCUCCGGGGUUGAUAUGAGAGUGCACAACCCUCCCUCCCCCGCCUCAUUUGCAAUGCAAAAUCUCUGUGGCACUGUUUGCAUGACAAAUUUUCGAAGCCCAACCACUACUACAAGAGAUGCAUAAAUUUCUCAUGCAUAGGCUCCACGUGUGCUGGUGUUUGUAAUGCUGUUCAUCCCUCGCAAAUGAGGGCGAGGGGGAGUUGUGCACUUUCAUAGCUGAAGGACCAUUUCGCCGCACCGGAGGACACCAUAUGGAUUGCAAAUAUGUCUGGGUCUGGAAGAGUGGAACUUUUAAUGCUGUCUGCGGAUUCUAAAAAUGUCUGCGUUGCAUGAGCAGCAAGACGAGUCUGAGUCAACUCUUGGCACGCAGAGAGGUCAUUUCUCAUGCGUAAUUAGCAUCAAGAAGGAGCUCUCAAAAAAUCUGUGAUGCUAGCACCAGCAUCACAGACCUCACGGGUCAUGCAAAAUGUGCAUGACAAGCCCCAACUCUUCCAGACCCAGACAUAUUUGCAUUUGAUACACCAUGCGGUCAAGCAACGAAAACGUGCGGACGACGGUCCCGGAUCCGACCCCAUUUCGCUCGACGACCGGGUAUAAUCCGCGGGUCGUGGGGGCGAGCAGAAGUUAUCCAAGAAAAAAACCUUGUUAGUGUAAAUUUGUGAUGCGCAACAUGCCAGAUGAUUGCGUCUGUCAUGCUUGGCAUGCGUCGUGGGGUCCACUAAAGGGCGUUUUCGCGUACUAUCUGCGCAUGACAGGUUUUUGCUGUCAUGCCAGAGAUAUUUGUGAUGCUGAUCCUCCAAGAAAGUUACACCUACAAUGUCUUUUUCUUGGAUAGAAGUGGUAGUGGGAUUACUAGUUCCAACAUUUCCAGUUCAUCCUCUGCAACGAAAGCCUCCAAGUGGCAGUCUGCGGUAAACACCAACGGGGGGAGGUGAAUUCGUCAUGAUGUUGGGGAUGAAUCACGUCAGAGGGUAGUGAUGCAACAGAUCAUGCAGUAAUGCCUGCGUUUUCUUCCACUGCCCACUGGUGGUGCUCCUAGGUCGAUUGAAACUUUUCGGCUUAGAUUAAAAGCUCGUGCCCAAAUUUUCAGGUUUUUUUGAAGGCUGAAGCAGGUGGAGCUCCCUGCUUCCAAAUGCCUUCUUACACUAAAUGCUAUACUAUCAAAUAAACAUGUGCGAACGUGAAUUCUUGAUUUUGAAGGUUUUUUUUUGUCGGCACUACAAGUACAACCCAACUUUCCUUGCCCUCUCUUCUUGAAUUGUGUGUCUGGUAGUUGAAGCUACCAAUGCAACUGGCUGUAAGACUUCAUGCAAAGAAAUCUAAACUCCGAAUUCGCUCAGUUGCAUCAGACUCUGUGUCGUCCUCAGUGAGGCGUGAGACAGGAGCCUUUAGUCGGAUAAACCUUUGGUUUUCUUUUCCGUGAGGUUGCAAAAUGAUAUCAGAUUUAGAUUUUCUUCGUGCAGAUUCUUGCGCUUCUUGAGCUAGAACUUCUUAUAUUGGCCGUCUUUUUUAUGAAUUAUUAAACGCGAACUUUUUUUGCUUUUUAUCGGCAUCUCAAGGAUUGGAUUCAGUUGCAUUUGAUCUGCGACUCUUCCUAGCAAGCAAAGGUUGCUCCGAGGUAGAGUGUCGAAAAGAACUCUUUGAAUACAGAGCGUGAUCAGUCGACGCGCCCAUCUGAAGUCAUGCA